CUGCUGCUGAAUCACUGCUGCAGUCAUCUAACCGCUCUACUGUUGACUGGAUUUACUCUUCACUCAACAUGACUAAACAUACAGUCAAAUUCUGUGUCGAGGUCCUCGGGAAUACUCUGGGUUCCCACGAAACCUUUGUGAACGAUCUCAGAUCCAACUUCCAGCAGGUGGAGGUCAUGAAGGAUAAUGAUGAUGUCAUCGUCAUCGCUUUUGUCCCCGUCGUGUCUCGAGCUGGAACUGACAUAGAAGCUGCUCUUAGCCAGAUUCCUGCUUCUCAACCGGCGGUUCUGGUGGUUCUCUUCCACACAAAUGAUCCAUAUUUCGUGGCUCCAAACAGCAGACUGUGUGUGAACAGGGAGAACGUGAUCACUGUGGACUGCCUGUUUCAUGAAGACCUGGGUCUGCUGAGACGUGAACGUAACGCUGAGGCUCUGAGAGCAGUAAAAGAUCAUUUGAGCAAAAAUGAUUCAUCUCCCCUGAUAGAACGCUCAUUCAAUCAACCACAGAGUUUACUGUGUUACCGGCUUGUGGUAUUGUGGCAGCACAGAUCAGUCAAAAUCGGCACUAUUAUCGGCAUUGUCACUAUUUUGAGUCUUCCUGUGAUCAUUCUUGGCAUAAGAGGUCUGAGUCCCAGCAACAACACAACAGCAGCACAGCCUCAUGCCACAGCAUCAGCACAUCCCAAAGGUGCAAUAGUGGUCCAGCCCAAAGAUGUAGCAGCAGUCCAGCCCAAAGAUGCUGUAAUGGUCCAGCCCAAAGAUGCAGCAGUGGUCCAGCCCAAAGAUGCUACAGUCCAGCCCGAGGAUCCAGCAGCAGCACAACCCAGAGAUGCAGCAGCUGCAGCAUAGCCAGUGACAGAGGUUCUCAGUAAAACCAGUAAUGAAUAUACUCUGCCUGUCCAAAAAAAAAAGAAGUUGCCACCAAAAAAAGGUCACAAGCACACAUUCACUGUGGCAUUGUUUUAAUAAGGUUCUGCAAUGUCGCAAGAUUUAUUUUAAUCCAGUGUUGCUGGAUUAAUUUUUCACCAAGAUCUUGCAGCAGCAUUGAUGAUGGUAGAGUCUGACCACUGCACAAAGCAGCUCUUCUCCAUCCAGCACAUCCCAAAGAUUCUCAAUGAGGUUAAGAUCUGGACUCUGUGGUGAACUCUCUCUCAAUCCAUGUGUGAAAAUGAUGAUCUCAUGCUUCCUGAACCCUGGACUCUUUCACAAUUCCAGCUUCAUGAAUCCUGAUAUUGUCUUAUCUGGGAAUAUGGGCGUGUUCAUCAGGGAAGAAAAAAAUAUUCCAUUGAUGGAAUAACCUGGUCUAUAUUAGUAUAUUCAGGUAGUCAGCUGACCUCAUUCUUUCAGCACAUACUGUUGCUGAACCUAAACCUGCAGAGAAACAGCUGCAUCAACCAACCCCACAUCAUUUGCUUACUUAAAUCCAGGUGGAGACUUUUUUUUUUUUGGCCAAGCAGUGUUUUAUUCUGUAGUUUAUAGAACAAUCCACAUAUAGAAUCUAAUGCAUGAAAUCUGAGACAGUGUAAUAGCUCUAUAAUAAAACCUCUAUAACAAAGAACUGCUGUAAAACACAUGAACACUGUCCUUCUGUUUCUCUACAUACUUUAUUCCUCCUUUCUUCAAUGCUCUGCAAGGAGUAGAUCAGAUACAACAGCAGUGCUGCUGGAGUUUUUAAACACUGUGUUUAAUCACUUAAUCACUGUCCUCCACUCUAUAAUAAACACUCCUACCUACAGCUGAAACACCUUGUAGAUAAAGUAAAAAAGAAAACAGAUACAUGUUCAUAUUCAGCAGUGGGUUAUUUAAAUUAAUAGUUCUAAUAAAUGUUCUUAUUCAAA